CACUUGUUUUCCUGACAAACCAGAUUGCAGCACAGCUGGGAAUUUCCUGCCAGAUCUGAAACUGCCUCCUUCUUAAGAUGGAGAUUCUGUCAAACGACACACAUAGAAUUCUCCUUUGUCAGAUUCGGAGCCGUGAUGCAAAACAAUUGGAUUAUAGAGAAUACUUUGUCAAAGUGGACAACAUAGACACCACCAGUACAAAUAACCUUCUCCUGUGGAUUCUGAUAGCCUUUAUUCUUGUGACCAAAACUGAGUAUGACGCAAGUGAGCAAUGGAAGAAAUGGAAGAGAACAGAAGAACAACUCAGAACAGAGAAAGCAACACUUCAAAUGGAACAUGAGGAACUCAGCAGACAAAAUGGUGAAUUUAGAAUGGAAAAUGAAAAGCUGCAAAAGGAAAUUGAUGACAGGAAAGCUCAGUUCGAGAAUGGCUGGCAGCAAUCAUUUUUGUUCCCUGGAGUCAUCAGCUGGGGAUGUAGCUCAGCGGCAAAGUACUGGCCUGGCAAGCACAAGGUCGUGAGUUUGAUCCCAGACUGGAGGAAAAAAUACUACCAACCUGUGACUGUGACUCUGGACCCGGACACAGCCCAUCCUGCCCUCAUCUUGUCUGAAGAAAGACGACGAGUAGCCAUGGGGGAGAAAUGUCUAGAUCUUCCUAAGAGCCAGCUGAGAUUUGAAUCCCUUCCCUGCGUGCUGGGUCAACAGUCCUUCAGCUCAGAGAGGCACUUCUGGGAGGUGAAGGUCGACAGCAGUACAGCCUGGGACCUGGGAAUCUGUCGGAGUAACGUGAUGUGUACAGAGAGGACUUACAUAAAACCUGAGGACGGUUUCUGGGCCAUUAGGUUUUAUAACGAUGAGUACUGGGCACUCACCUCUCCAGAGACUCAACUCACUGUAAAACAGCCCCCUCGCAUGGUCUGCAUUUUCUUAGACUACGAGGAUAGAUGUGUCUCCUUCUAUAACAUGACAGAUAACAGCCACAUCCACACCUUUUCUCAAGGUGAUUUUUAUGGAUCCCUGAAACCUUUCUUCAGGCUUUGGUCCAAAGAUUCAGGACAUCUGGACAUCUGUCCACUCCCUAAGGAGCCGGAAGUGGCACAGCUUGAUGACAACCCUAACUCUCCUCCCACUGACAUUGUGCACACAUAAUAUCCCCUAAAGAUUAGUGAGGGCUGAAGAAUUGGUCAUGGCAUGGCUCUCCUAUACUAGAGCACAUUGUUUUUCUCUGUCUUUUCCACUGUUCUUCAAAUCAUCUAAUUCCCUCAUUAAUUAUUUUUAAAUAGUAUGUGGCAGUAUAAGGAAAUAUGUUGCUUAUGCUCUGAUAAAGGAUAUGUAUAUGCAUGUAAAUGAACACAAGCACAUUCACUUAUUAUAACUCAACUGAUACUACGUUUUCAGAGAAAUAUGCAUUGCCUCUCCAGUGUCAAUUUCUUGAUAUUUUACAAAAUAAUAAAAUAAAUUAAUUUUUAUUGUACACUUUAA